GGCGGCGGCGGCGGCGGCGGCGAGGUCUCGUUGUCCCCGUCCUGGCGCCGGGUCGAGCUGCGGCGGCUGCGGCGGCUCCGGCGGCGGUUCUCCUCCGACCCGCUGCUGGCCCGGCUGCCGCCCGGGGACGGGUCCCCCGCGGUGCGCCGGUCGGUGGUGCUGAUGGGACCGACAGCGGAGGGAGAGCGGCUGCUGGCGAAGGCGGCGACUUACCGGAGGCGCAAAGCGGGGCCGGAUGUGUGUUCACACCUCUCUUUCUGGAAAAGAAUUGCGGGAAUUGUCAUCGCCGUUGCUGUGAUUUUACUCUUAUCAUGGAUUACCUUGAAUCCACCUAAAUUACCACAGUGGGAGCCGUGCCCUGAUGACUGGCUCUACUACAAGAAGAAGUGUUACUAUCACUCAGGAGCCACGGCAGAUUGGAAUUCCAGUCAGGAGUCCUGCUCUGACUACGGAGCUUCCCUUGCAGUGAUUGACAGCCUCCAAGAGCUGAACUUUAUAAUGUAUCGAAUACGCAUAACAGACUUCUGGAUUGGGCUGCGCAGGAAAGGAAAGAAGUUCUUCUGGGUGAAUGGAGAGUCAUUUGACACAAACUUAUUUCGUGUCAAUAUAACAAAUGACGGAGACUGUGUCCAUAUAGAUUCAGCCUUCAUCUCUACCAGAAGGUGCUCCUCACUCAGGAACUGGCUUUGCACCAUUGGUCAGUUUAGUCCCAAGACAAGCUCUUAAUAGGUAACAGCUGGCUGUGCAAGUACAGAGACUUUCUCCACGAGAAGUUGGAAUUCAGAAUACUGAAAGUCCUUGCUUCAGGAGGUCCAUGAGGGCAAGAGGUGCUGUGGCGAGGAUCAUAUCCGAACUUCUCCAGGAGAAGCAAUCCAGGGAGUAAUAGCGACUCCAUGUGAAAGUGGUAAUUGGUUAAGAAGUAGCAGUACCGAGAGGAAAUGGUGAUACAACGGCCGCGGCAAAGAACAAAAGUUGCUUCUUGGUAAUACAGUUUCAUUGUUGAAACUGCUGAAGGACAUGGCAAUGGAUGCUUUCCUUGAGAACUCUUCACAAUUGCAAAACACAGUUUUUUAGGGCAGCUAAAAACAUUGUUAGAUGGAUAUGAAAAUGGACAUAUUGAAAAUGCAGUUCAUAGUGAACCCAGUGAUGUGUUUUUUCCUGUUUUCUGUGGAGCUCAGUAAUUCUUUGUCUGAGAACUUUCAGUUUGUCUUUGUGGUAAGUGGGUGAGAUAUCAUAAGGUGUUUUGGCUUCCCUCCCCUUCUUUUUCCAUGGGUUUUUCAAAUGUGAUUGGUAUGUAAAGUCCAAGGAUAUAAAUGGGAGCUUUGUAAACCAGGAAGGCAGAUAAUGACUAGGUCUUCUAGUGAAUGGCACUGGUGUUAUGGGGCAUAUAGAGUGGGACAGAUUACAUAUACUCUUCUCUAUCCUUCUGGACUGAUCUGCAAACCUGACGGCUACUACCCAAAACUUCCCUGAAUAUGUGGCUGCAGUAGGAAAGCUCCCAGACUGAAUCACGCACAGCUGUCAUUUUGGGAGGGCUGAGGAAGUCAACUGGACUUAGAAGGGGAGAGACAUGUAUAUGUAGCAUGGAAAGGGUUCUAGGGCAGCUUAAAUUGAGGUGCUGUUGUGUUUAUCUGUUUGUGUGUGCAGGGGAAAAAAAACCUUUUAUUGUCUCCAGGACAGCUGUUUUGUCAAGUGACUUGUGUGGGCAAGGAUAGUUUAAUAGCCCAUGGGACAGAUGCAAUAAUGCUAAAUAGCAUUGCACCUUGGAUUAAUCUGUUUAAAUUCUUGGCAUGAUGCUCUGAAAAUGAGCAGUGGGGGCAUGGGAGGCUCACCUGGAAGAUCUGUGGUUGGUUCCUACCUGGUCAUUCUCAGAUUCAGCAGAUACCUGUACAAUGAUUACUUCCCAAGAUACAUGAUUUACAAAGGGUGGACACCAUCUUUAAAAAUGUGAACGAGAAGAAAGGCUUUUUAAGCCAGGAAAAUGUUCUUGUCUGGAAACAGAAUACUGCUUUAAGCUCAGGGAAGAUGAAGAGUCUGGCAUAUUGAUCUUCAAAGAAAUGGGAAGAAGAAAUUGCAAAUUGCUAUAAAUGCACUUGGUAUUUAUCCAGAAGAUGUACUCCUUUGGAGGGGAAGAAAUAGGUGAGAGGAGAAACUGGAACAGAGUAUCCAAUAUAUCUUGGUUCCCCAUGGUCAUUCCGCAAGAAAGCACAAGAACAGAAGGGGAAGCACCUUGUAAGGAACCGUGGACAGGGUUCAGAUUGCCAGGGUAAGGGACCUAUUGCCCACCACAUGUCAAAAGUCCUGUUGAAAGAGUCAGCAUGAAGUGCCAGACAGGGUGAGCAGUCCAUUUUGCCAUCUCUGUAAAUUGCCUUAUAAAUAUGCCAAUAAAUACUUCAGUAGUUGUUCCCUGUGA